CGACAGGAACGUUCGGGAAGGGGGAAUGUUCAUUCUAGGCAUUAAACAGCCUGUGUUCAGCACUCACCGUCCACUUGUCAAGACUGAUCUUAUCCGAGAAAUAAGUCCAGGAGAAGAGGAAAGGAAGAGGAGGCAAAAAUGACGCGUUCCCAGGUGCUGUUGACCUUCAGGGAUGUGGCCAUAGAAUUCUCUCAGGAGGAGUGGGAGUGCCUGAACCCUGCUCAGAGGGCCUUGUACAGGGACGUGAUGGUGGAGAACUACAGGAACCUGGUCUCCCUUGAUUGUGGGAAGGCUUUUAGAGAAAGCUCAAACCUCUUUAGUCAUCAGAGAAUUCAUUCUGAGCAGAGGCCUUACAAAUGUAAUGAGUGUGGCAAAGCCUUUACCCAAUUUGCAAAACUUACUAGACAUCAGAGAAUCCAUACCAGAGAGAAACCAUAUAAAUGUAAUAUAUGUGGCAAGGGCUGUAGUCAAAAUUCAAAUCUUGCACGGCAUCAGAAAAUUCAUACUGGAGAGAAACCUUACAAAUGUAAUGAGUGUGGCAAAGUCUUUUCUGAGUAUUCAAGCCUUACUCGACAUAAGAGAAUCCAUACUGGAGAGAAACCUUAUAAAUGUAAUGAAUGUGGGAAGACUUUUAGAGGAAGCUCGAAUCUCACCAAUCAUCAGAGAAUUCAUUCAGGGCAGAGACCUUACAAAUGUAAUGAGUGUGACAAAUCCUUUAACCGCAUAUCACACCUCACUAGACACCAGAGAAUCCAUACUGGAGAGAAACCAUAUAAAUGUAGUGAAUGUGGCAAAGCCUUUAACCAGUCCUCUAACCUUGUCAUACAUCAGAUAAUUCAUACUGGAGAGAAGCCUUAUAAAUGUAAUGAGUGUGGCAAAGCCUUUAAUGUGUGUUCAAGCCUUACCCGACAUCAAAGAAUCCAUACUGGGGAGAAGCCUUAUAAAUGUAAUGAAUGUGACAAGGCCUUUACCCAAUUUGCAAAUCUUACUAGACAUCAGAAAACGCAUACUGAAAAGAAACAUUGUAAACCUAAUAUAUGUGGAAAUGCUUUUAUCCAAAGAUCAAGCACUGGGGAUUAUCAGAGAAUUUGUAGUGAAGAGAAACCUCACAAAUGUCAUGUGUGUAGCAAAACCUUUAAUGUGUGUUCAAGCCUUACUCAACAUCAAAGAAUCCAUACUGAACAGAAGCCAUGUAAAAGUCAUGUAUUUGGCAAAGCCUGUAACCAGGGCUCAGAGUUAAUUAGACACCAGAAUAUGCAUCUUUGA